CCCAUAAGAAUUCCUUCUCUGUGGAAAAACACAGCACAAAAUUUUCUUUGAAAACCCGAAAUCCGGAUAUCGUUAAGAGUCCUUUCCCGAAGCAGCAGAAGACAACAACCGAACAAGCGAGACGGAAACUGUAGCCGUGUCUGAAUUCCUUCAAGCUGUCAAGAUUACUUCAGUUGAAACAAAUCCUUCCGCCGUAAUGUCGUCAGAGGAUUUUACCAGUUCAAGGAUAUUGGGGGUUGAAGUGGUGUUUACUUUCUGUUUGGUUACCCAGAAUUCCAAGAAAAUUUGGUUUAGUCUGUUUAAUUUCUUGAUAUCCAAGUAAAUUACAACAAUUUUGACCGUUGGAAUUGGGUUUUCUAGUAUUAUAUUCGUGGGAUUUAAUUAAAAGAAAUCUUAAUUCUGAUUAAUAACUUUGAGUUCAAGCAGAAAUAGGAAUUAAACCUGUUAAUAUAUACCCAAAUCACUCGUUUGAGAUUUGCAUAGGGCUUUGGGGUAGUACUGUUCUUGCUUUGGAUAAUUUUGUUGAUAUUAGGAGUUUUUGAUUAAGUACGGUUUGUAGGAAUAUUAGUUUUUAUGAAGAUGGAUAGUUAUGAUCAAGAUCUUAACAGGAAUAUUAAUUGUCUUGAUUCUUCCAGGAAGAGAAAGCGCACCAGAAGAGGUGAUGGUGCUUCUGUGGCUGAAACUCUUAAGAAGUGGAAAGAAUAUAAUAAAGGUCUAGAUUCUGGUAAUGAUGGGGGAAAAUCAGUUCUUAAGAAACAUGCUAAGGGAUCGAAGAAGGGAUGUAUGAAGGGUAAAGGGGGGCCGGAUAACUCGACCUGUAAUUAUAGAGGGGUUAGGCAGAGAACAUGGGGCAAGUGGGUGGCUGAAAUCCGGGAGCCAAAAAGUGGAAGAAGGCUCUGGCUUGGCACUUUCCCUACUGCUUAUGAAGCAGCACUGGCAUAUGAUGAAGCUGCAAGGACAAUGUAUGGUGAAUCCGCUCGCCUGAAUUUUCCUCAUAUCUCUUCAAAGGAUUCUUCAGCUUCAGUUGCCACUUCAUCUGGUAGUUCUUCAGUUGUGACACAUUCGAGUCCUUCUUCAGUGGCAACUCCUCCUGGCUCUGAUUACAUCACAACGUCAAACCAUUAUGAGAUCUGUGAUAAGGUAGAUCAUGUUGCCCCCAAAGCAUGCCAGGAUGAUGGAGAUAGUGAAUCUGCUGCUGUCUUGGCAGUCCAUUCACCAAGUAUAACAGUCCAGCCUACUGAGGAGGAGGGAAACAAAGAGACGAGGCAACAUGAUGGAGAUAAUAAAUGUGACAUCGAACAUGAAGCAAAGGAGGCCAAACUAGGACAAGAAGUGGAUGAUUCAUAUUUCAGUAUGCUUGAUGAACUUGAUCUUAGUGAUCUUUGUUGGCAGGAUUUUUCAAUGGAUGAAAUGUUUGAGGGAGAUGAGCUGCUGAGAUCUCUGGGUGAUGUUCCUGUCGAAGGCUUAAUUCCAAAUCAAGAUGCUGCUCUAAUGGGUUUACAUGGUGAUGGUAGUGCAGAGUAUCUGCAACCGUCUUUGUCAUAUCAGUUGCAGGACCUGGAUGCAACUUUGCAUCAUAUGGAGCCCUUUGGUGGGCAGCAGGAUAACAACUUCAUGGUGGAGAUCUAGGAUUCUAUGAACUACCUGCCGUCUCUUCUUUGAAGCAAAUGUUGUGAUUUAGGCUGAACAAGCACAGCGGGAUAGAUUUCAUCAUUUAUCGCUUCUUUGUCUAGGGAUUUGUUGCUUUUAUGUCCCAAAUACAGAGAUGGAUGUUGACCUUCUUGUUAAUUUUCUGCGUCACUGACUUUGGUGAAUAUGCUGAUUCUCUAUAUUUUUUUUUAAUAGGGAAUUUAACUACAUUAUUUAGUUCUUUCCCAACGGAAUAAAGUUGGUGCUGACUU